GAGACCAUGGAGGGCAGGCCUAUUUCAAGCAAAGCCUGGGCUGUAGCUGUAACUCAGCUUCUAAUUAUGAGCUCAAGCUUGUUGAAUGUAAAAUCACAGUCAUCAACAACUUUAGUUCCUGCAAUCAUUACCUUCGGCGAUUCAACCGUUGAUGUUGGCAACAAUGAUUACUUGCACACCAUUUUUAAAGCUGAUUUCCCUCCUUAUGGAAGAGAUUUCAAGAACCAUGAAGCUACAGGAAGAUUCUGCAAUGGAAAAUUAGCAACUGACAUAACUGCUGAAACACUGGGAUUUACAACAUUUCCAGUAGCUUAUCUGAGUCCUCAGGCUUCAGGAAAGAACCUUCUGAUAGGAGCAAAUUUUGCUUCUGCUGCUUCUGGGUAUUAUGAUGGCACUGCAAUCUUAUAUCAUGCCAUACCUUUAUCACAGCAGUUGGAAUACUACAAGGAGUACCAGUCAAAGCUAGCCAAAGUUGCUGGGAGUAGCAAGGCUUCCUCUAUUAUAUCGCAAGCUCUGUACAUUCUAAGUGCUGGAGCAAGUGAUUUCGUCCAAAACUACUAUAUCAAUCCUUAUCUAUACAAAAUCUACAGUCCUGAUGAAUUUUCUUCUUUUCUAGUUGGCAUCUUCUCAGACUUUGUCACGGAUUUGUAUAAGCUGGGAGCAAGGAGGAUUGGAGUCACCACUCUUCCACCAAUUGGUUGCCUUCCAGCAUCCAUUACACUAUUUGGAAAGGGAAGCAAUGGCUGCGUUUCUAGGCUAAAUUCAGAUGCCCAAGGCUUCAACAAGAAAAUUAAUUCAGCUGUUAGCUCUCUCACAAAGAAACUUCCACAGCUAAAGAUUGCCAUCUUUGACAUCUACCAGCCUCUCUAUGAACUAGUUGCAAAUCCUUCUAAGAGUGGUUUCUUCGAGGCUAGGAGAGGUUGUUGUGGAACUGGAACAGUUGAGACUACAUCAUUACUUUGCAAUCCCAAAUCAAUAGGAACUUGCCCAAAUGCUACAGGUUAUGUAUUCUGGGAUAGUGUUCACCCAUCAGAGGCUGCAAAUCAGGUUCUAGCAGAUUCACUCAUCGUAGAAGGCAUUGGCCUUAUUGCAUGAGAGAAAGAUAUGGGGGAAAAAUAGUUAAAGAUACUUUCUGUUUUAUU